AUGAACAAAACCUCACACAAAGGGAAAGGAAAGUUAAAAUUCAACUGCAAAUUUUGUGGACACAAACAUGAAAAACAAAGAGACAAAUGUCCUGCUUGGGCAAGACAUUUGACAACUGCAAAGGUCUUAACCACUUCAAGUCUAAAUGCAAAAAUAUUCAUGCACUUAACCAAUCCAAUGAUAAUGAGGAAGAUUCUGAUGAUCAAUGGCUCAUGUCUAUAAGCAAUAGGACAGACAGUGUUACUGCCACACUCACUUGAAAUGAUAUUGAUGUCAAAUUCCAACUUGACACUGCAGCUGAUGUAAAUACCAUCUGUCAGAAGCAUGUAAGACAACACCAAGUGUCUCCUACAACUGUACACCUUAACAUGUGGAAUAAUACUAGCCUGAAACCUCAGGGAGAAACGCGCCUGAAAGUCAAAAAUCCUCACACUAGUUCUGAAUCCGAAAUAAAGUUUAUCGUGGUCCCAAAUGGUUUUACAAACCUGUUAGGUCUGAACACUAUUCAGGAACUUGGUUUUAUAACCAUAAAUAAAGAAUGUUUUAUCUCACAAGUAUCAACCCAGCAACUUGGUGAUCUGGGUGAAGCCACCCUCAGAAUUGAUGAAAGUGUUCCUUCCAAAGUACUGCCUUGUAGGAAA